AUGCUCCCCGAACAUGUAGCCCAGCUACACCUUCCCGAGCAUCUGAUUUACACUGACGGUAGUAAGUCUGAUGACGGGGUCGGGGCAGCGUACACUUAUUGGCGGGAUGGGGUCGAGGUCCGGACGAGACGGUUGAGGCUGGAGCCGAUGUGCACCGUCUUUCAGGCGGAGUUGCUAGCGAUAGCCAGGGCUACGGACCUGGUUGUCGAGAGGAACUUCGCCAGCGCGGCGGUGCUAAGCGACUCCCGUUCUUCGCUGGACUUGAUCCGGAACCCGGACACGCGCCAUCCCCUCGCUACCCAUAUUCGGAAGAAUAUUAGGGAGUUGCAGGGGAGGGGUAAAACCCUCCGGUUCUUUUGGGUGAAGGCUCACGUCGGGAUACCCGGCAACGAGCGCGCCGACGAAUUGGCCAGGCUGGCGGCCAGGCUAGGGUCGCCCCGCCUAUGA